UCCUCCCUCAUAUCCCCCCUCUCCCCCUUCCCUUCUUUUCCUCUCUGUCCAUAUUUUCUCUCUCUCUCUCUCUCUCCGUCUCGACUCAGGAUCAAUAAAAAAAGCCGAGAGCUCAAUGGCCGAGCAAGACGCCGAGGAGACUAACGCCGCCUCCGCCUCCGCCUCCGCCUCCGCCACAACUCCAACAAGCCACCACCUAUCGCUCCCCACCGGGUUGACUCAGGACGAGUUUGACGAGUUGAGACGGUUCGUCACCGAGUUCCACACCUACCAAGUGGGGCGGGGCCAAUGCUCCUCGCUACUGGCGCAGCGAAUCCAAGCGCCGCCAGACGUGGUGUGGUCGGUGGUGCGGCGAUUCGACAAGCCCCAGACGUACAAGCACUUCAUCAAGAGCUGCGUGGUCAAGGAAGGGUUUCAAAUGACGGUUGGCGCCACCAGGGACGUAAAUGUAAUUUCGGGCUUGCCGGCCGCUACGAGCACCGAGAGGCUCGACUUGCUUGACGAAGAGCGGCGCGUGACUGGAUUCAGCAUCAUCGGCGGCGAACAUCGGCUAAGGAAUUACCGGUCCGUGACGACGGUGCACGGGUUCGAGCGCGAUGACAGGAUCUGGACCGUCGUUUUGGAAUCUUACCAAGUUGAUGUGCCGGAGGGGAACACGGAGGAGGAUACGCGCCUCUUCGCCGAUACCGUCGUGAAGCUCAAUCUCCAGAAGCUCGCGUCGGUCACCGAAGGGCUGGCGCGUGAGCCAUGACUGUGACGGUAAGUUGAGAGAAAUUUCUUUAUUGAAAAAAAAUCAAAAGGGUAAGACCUUAGAAGAAGGGAGAGAAGAGAAAAAGAACUUUUCUUUAAUUUGGGGGCUUGGGUUAUGUGAGUACGUCUUAAUUUCUUUUUUAAUUUUUUUUUACUUUAUCAUGACAUGUGAAAUCACAAAAAUAUCCUUGGUUUCACCUGAUUGACAUGGAUGUCAAUGCUCUUUUAUUUUAGUUGGAAUUGAGUACCAAGUUAAGGACAUUUAGGUCAAUGCACUUGUACAGAAAAAUGUCAAAAACUUUGGGGAUAUUGAUGUCGUUUUGCUCUUUCAUGUGAAUAUUUGAUUUGCUCAUUUGAAUGGCAUAAAUUAUGUCUUUCAACUUCCAAUA